CUCAAGCAAAAUCGUCAUUUCAGCUGCAGCCACUUUUCAAACCAAGGAUUAUUGGAUUGCCUUCGUUGGAUUUAAUUGCCAGCACCGAAUCAUCAUUAUAAGCACAAUGACUUUGAACAAGGGUGACAAACUGCGGAAUAUGGACAAAAGGAGGGGAAGCGUGCCCUUUCCCAUGAAUCUACCCAACCUACACAGAAGAAGCAUGCCCGUAGACGAUCGGGACCUGCGCACAACGAUCCCACAGACUGGACAAACCGACGAGCUGUCCAACUUACUGCGCUGCACGUCCUACUCCCCGAGCGAGCAGCACCGGGGCAGUUGCGCGUCGGACUCCUCUGAUUCUGUGAUCUCCACUGGCAGCGAAGCUGACUCCCAGGUGUAUAAGGUCGUUCUCCUUGGGGAACACGGCGUGGGCAAGUCUAGCCUGGCUCGGGUCUUCGGAGGAGUGGAGGAUGCCGGUCACGAUUACGAUGAAACAGGAAACACUUACGAUAGAUCUAUUGUGGUGGAUGAAGAGGAGGCUUCCAUUGUGUUGUAUGACAUCUGGGAGCAGGAUAACAGCCAAUGGUUGAAGGAGCAGUGCAUGAGGAUGGGAGACGCCUAUAUCAUUGUGUAUUCAGUGACGGACAAAUCGAGCUUCGAGAAGGCAUCAGAGCUCCGCAUUCAGCUGCGCCGGGCCAGGCAGUCAGAAAACAUUCCCAUAAUCCUUGUGGGCAACAAGAGUGACCUGGUGCGGUCCAGAGAGGUGUCUGUAGAUGAGGGAAGUGCGUGUGCAGUGGUAUUCGACUGCAAGUUCAUCGAGACAUCCGCGUCCCUCCAUCAUAACGUGCGGGACCUAUUCGAAGGCAUAGUCAGACAGAUUCGCUUGAGGAAAGACAGCAAGGAGGAAAACGCGCGACGCAUGGCCAACUGCAGGCGCAGAGAGAGCAUCGGAAAAAAGGCGAAACGCUUUCUGGGCCGCAUAGUGGCACGGAAGAACAAGAAGAUGGCUUUCAGGCAGAAAUCAAAGUCCUGCCAUGACCUAACAGUUCUCUGAGCAACAAAAUGGGACAGAAAGACUUUUUUUUUUCUUUUUCUUUUUUUUUUUGCUUUACCCUUUGGCCUCUGAAGACCAGAUGCUGUGUGUGUUUUAACACUAAUCCUAAAGGACUAAUAGAGCUGUACAGAAUAUAUUUUUGGUUUCUAGACAUCAACCAAAAGCAAAAAGGAUGUAGUUAAAUGACGUUGUGAAGUCAUAUCAUGAUAAUGGUGAUAACCUGCAUGAAGCUUUUCAAGCAUUUUAUUAUGUUAUAUUGUUUGCCUUAAACAUUUUGCCAUCAUGAUUUUUUUUUUUUUUUGGGGGGGGGGGGGGUCUCAUUCUAACGAGUUGCAAAGAUUGCCUUGCUGGGUUGUUGUGCUCCUUUACUGGAGGAGAUUGAUGUAUAUACUAUAAAUAUGAAUGAUGUUAAAUGCAACAUUCAUCUCAUUAUGCUAUAAGAUCACAUUACUAGGUCAUCUAGGGUCAUAAUUACUUGAAAUGCGGUGCGCGGGUUCGUGCCUUGGCCAUGCUAAUGAGGACUACUCAAAGCUUAGAUAAAACUUCUGUCAUGUGUUGCUCAUCCAGUUCAGAUUGUGAAUGUAUGAGUAAAGCAAUAAGUUAUAUAAGUUUUGUGAACCUUGACCUUAUAUGAGAAAUUCUUUGUUUACAAUGAUUUCUUUUUUCAAUAAAAUAUAAAA